UGCCUGACGAGGAGGAGCACAGGGACCAUAACAUUACGCGCUCAGUCUGUAUCUGCAGUGGACAGUAAUGUAGAUUUAUCCCUCCGGACGCUGUCGAGCCUCGCAGAAACGGAAGCUGCUGGGCUGAUGUAAACCACUGACUUGAGAUUCUCUCUUCUUAGGUGCCUGUAAGGACUACCUAUCUGCUCCGUUACAUCCUUAAUCCUCAUCGGAGCUCUGCUGACCUUUGUUGCACUUCUCAUCAGCUCCUGUUUUCUUCCCUCUUCUUUCUUCGUGCCCUCCUCCCUCCUCUCGCUUAAUCUUCCCUCCUCUUUUGUGUCUCCAAGCCCUGGGCUUUAUUACUCAAACCCACUGACGGGAGCAACGCACAGUAGUUGGCAAAGGAUGAGGCGGGCUUGCUUGCCAACAACAGAUAGAGGAUAAAAGACACAAAAAAGACUAGCAACAGGGAAGAGCGACAAAGAGAGAUAAAAACGGAGGGAACAAGUGUUGGAGGGAGCUACAACAAAGCUGUGACAGACAACAAAAACAAUAAGGAUGCCACGACAAAGGAAAGACACAAGUUUUACUUGAUUGUCAUGAGCUAGUACCACGCUCCUACCAAAUAAAGGAACUGUUAGCCAUGCCAGCCAAGGGAAAGUACCUGCUGAAUAACCAGGAGCUCAAAAAUGAGGCACUGUAUCGCAGAUUCUCCUGCAUCAGCCAGUAUCAGCCACUGGCUCUGCUGGGCCUCUCCAUAUUCUGUUGUGGAGUUUUCCUCAGUCUCUUCUUAGCCCUUAAACUGGAAACAAAGGAUCAUCGUGCCUUUGUGAGUGUGGUGAGCAGCAGCUUGUGUGUGUUCGUGAUUGUAUUAAUACUGGUGUGCACAGAACUUUACUCACAACGACUGAGGUUCUUGCUGGGUGUGGUUAUCUGGGCCACACAUCUAAUCAUGGGAUAUGCCUUCAUCUUCAGUAAGACUGUCAUCCUUCCUUGGGAACAGGUGCCUUUCUUCCUCUUCAUCAUCUUCACAGUGUAUACCAUGCUGCCAUUCCAGCUGUGGCACGCUGUGGUGUUGAGUGUCAUCACCUCGCUGUCUCACAUUAUGAUCCUCACACUGAGGUUAACAAGUGACGGCACCCCAAAAGAUUACCUUGCUAAUCAGUUGCUGUCCAAUGCUGUGGUGUUUCUGUGCGGCUGUGGAGUCGGAGCCUUUCACAAGGUUCUGAUGGAAAAAACGCUAAGGCAGACCUUCCAGGAUACUCUGAGGUGCCUAAGCAUGCGGGUGAAGCUUGAGAUAGAAAAGAGACAGCAGGAGAACUUGCUGCAGUCUGUGCUCCCCGUUUAUAUCUCUAUGAAGAUGAAACUGGCAAUAAUGGAGAGGUUGAAAGAGUGUAAAGAUAAAGUCGAGCAGCAGCGGCUUGUGAAGGAUAACAACUUUCAUAGCCUUUACGUGAAGAGGCAUGAGAAUGUCAGCAUUCUGUAUGCAGACAUUGUUGGCUUCACUCGUUUGGCCAGUGACUGUUCUCCUAAAGAGCUUGUACAUAUGCUCAAUGAACUGUUUGGCAAAUUUGACCAAAUUGCCAAGGAAAAUGAAUGCAUGAGAAUCAAGAUCCUUGGAGACUGCUACUACUGUGUGUCAGGCCUGCCGGUGUCACUGCCUAUGCAUGCUAAGAACUGUGUUAAAAUGGGUCUGGACAUGUGUGAAGCUAUCAAGCAGGUACGGGAUGCCACUGAAAUAGACAUCAACAUGAGAGUGGGUGUUCACUCAGGUAACGUGCUCUGCGGUGUGAUUGGCCUCAGAAAGUGGCAGUUUGAUGUAUGGUCACAUGACGUCACGCUGGCCAAUCACAUGGAGUCAGGAGGCCUCCCAGGGCGUGUCCACAUCACAGAGGCAACUCUGAAGCACCUGAACAAGGCCUAUGAAGUUGAAGAGGGAAACGGCCACCUGAGAGACUCCUACCUCAAUGAACUCAAUGUUAAGACAUAUCUAGUCAUCGAUCCGAGGUCGAGGGAUCCAUCACAGAGCACCCGGAGCACUACUAAACCUAGGGUGAAUGACGGACUGAAGAUGAGGGCGUCGGUCCGUAUGACCCGUUACCUUGAAACCUGGGGGGCCGUCAAACCGUUUGCCCACCUACAGAGCCGGGAGGGCUUUACAUCUGAAAACAUUGUUGCCGCAAAAGGACGGUUCAAGGACAUCCCUUUACGAACCGUACCCCUCGACUCCAAGAAAGCUGAUAGCUUUGAUGAGUCGCUUGAAGAGCCAUUCUCCUUGUCCACCCCUCAACUCAGCAACCAUAAGAUCAAAUCCCAGAGGACUAAGUUUGAUGAGCAACUGCACAACGAGAUGACCACUGCAAUAGAUGAGCUCAGCAGCAAGCAGUGGUCGAAGUCUGAAGAGAGCAGAAGGGUAGCCUUGUGGUUUCCAAAAAAAGAAUUAGAAAAGCAGUACCGAUUCUUGGACUUGCCGAUGUUCAAGUACUAUGUGGGAUGUGCAACCUUCAUCUUCCUCUGUAUCUUUGUAAUUCAAAUGCUUGUCACAAAGAAUAGGGAGCAGGGGUUGACAUACUUUGGAGUGUUGGUUUCUAUUCUGGUGGUGAUUUUGGCCAUCUGUUAUGCGGGUCAUUUGCAGCGCGUGUUUCCAUACAAGCUGUCAGGGUGUCGGUUGCUGCCAGCUGUAUCGGAGGCGGUGGUGAAGCGGCCGUGUCUGCGCCUCUCUCUGGCAACCAUUACCACUGCGGUCAUCAUUAUCUCGGCGCUAUUUAACCUGCGUUUCCUUUUCCAGAAUGACUUGUCACUGAACAUAAAGACUGAUGACUUGUCACUGCCUUACUCUGUAUGCUGCUGGAGCCUGUCACUCAUUGCAUGUGGAGUUUUUCUGCGAGUGAGCUUAGAGCUCAAAGUGCUCCUCCUCUUUGUUGCAUCCACGUUGUACUACUACAUCAUCUUCAGCCACCCACUUAAAUCCCACUUCUUGAAGUUUGAAAACUCCUCCCAAUACUACAACAGAUUUAACUGCAGCGAGAUGAUAAAUGACACCCUGCCAUGCACUGGGUUUGUCAAAGACCUUCAGAUUAUGAGCGGCAUCGACAUCAUACUGUUUCUAGUCACCAUGCUCAUCAUAUCGCUGCAGAACGACAACUGCUUUCGGCAGGACUUCCAGCUCAAGUACAAGAACCGCACGGAGCAGGACGAGAUUGAGACGAGGGAGAACCUGAACCGUCUGCUGCUGGAAAAUGUGCUGCCUGCCCACGUGGCAGCACUGUUUGUCGGAGAGAACAAGAAGAACGAGGACCUGUACUACAAGUCUUAUGACUGCGUCUGCGUGAUGUUUGCCUCUGUGCCCAAUUUCAAAGAGUUUUACACCGAGUGUGAUAUUAACAAGGAGGGCUUGGAAUGCCUCAGGCUGCUCAAUGAAAUCGUCGCCGAUUUUGAUGAGCUGCUCUCCAAACCAAAGUUCAGUGGUGUGGAGAAGAUCAAGACAAUUGGCAGCACCUACAUGGCAACGGUGGGGCUUAGUGGGCCUGGCCAGGAAAACCAUCAGGUCUUAGAGAAGCAGCAGGCCCAGAUAGGAAUCAUGGUGGAGUUCGCCAUUGCUAUGAUUGGCAAGUUGGAUGUAAUCAACAGACAUUCCUUCAACACCUUCAGGCUUCGAGUGGGAAUUAAUCAUGGCCCAGUGAUAGCUGGAGUGAUCGGGGCGAGGAAACCUCAGUAUGACAUCUGGGGCAACACGGUGAAUGUAGCCAGCAGAAUGGAGAGCACUGGAGAAAUGGGAAAGAUCCAGGUAACAGAAGAAUCCUCUCAAGUGCUGAGGAAGCUGGGUUACUCUUGUGAGUGUCGAGGAUUCAUCAACGUCAAGGGGAAAGGGGAGCUGAAAACCUUCUUUGUGUGCACUGACACGAGCAAACAGCUAGGCAUCGGGCUGAGCUGAGGCUGGGCCGUCGCAGCCAGCAGAACUGGAUAGACUCAUGUACGGGUGACAGAGUUUGCAGACUCCCACACAUCACAGGUGCCAGUCUGGCUGUAAUGCACGUUCCUGUGAUGCCGUUGAAAGGAAUAAAGAAAACUUCUCUGCUUCGUUGUGUGGAAGACACACCUGGGACCAUUUAGUUAGAGUUAGAAGACGACGGAGACGGCUGCCGAGAACAGCUGCCAACUUUUUCUAUUCACAAUAAAAACAAGUGAUGUCAUGUAUAUUUUUUUUUGUUUCUAACCUAAUGUGAUGAAAUUGAAGUUAUGUAUUAUUUCUAUUUUAUUCUUGCAGUUCUUUAAGAUGUUGACUUAUAAAAAAGCGUUAUAUAAAAUUAUGCUUUAUUGAAGAUAAUUAGGCUUAUUAUCUAAUUAGGGUCACAUUUGUGCCCCAAAAUAACUUUUGUUGAGAAUUUGCAGAAAUUAAAACUCUGAAAUUCAGCUACUUAAAAAGUUAGACAGAUGUUAGGUAUUCAGGUUGAGCUGUUUGAAAUGAAAACCUUUUCUUGCAUAUUCAGGUAAUGGCAGUUUUCCUGCCUGGUAAAUCCUACAUCUUCACACCAUUACAGACAGAAGAUACAAGCCUCUGUAAGUUCAGGUAGAACUCGUUAUGAUCACAUUCCUUGGUCCAGUUGUGCAGUUUGACCACUCCAACAACUUACAGAUUCAACAAGAACUGUGCUGAAUGUAUUCCAUCAUUUUUGUUUAUUCCACUUUGAUAAAGGAAAAUAGAAACUAUUCUGCUGCCUUUUGAUUUCCACGUGUGCUGCGACAGGUGGGAAAUGUUAUGCAUGUCCUCAGCUGUGUGACUUAACCUUUCUGCGGAUUUAUUAUUUUUUUCUUGGCAACCAUAACACUGUCGGCUCCUCUGAAUCCGUCUCGUGGCCUUGUCAUCUGAGACCAACAUCUCGUCUGUAAUUGCUGUUGCAUAAUGUUGUACUGGCCUUUCUGUGAACAAAUGUGACAUUAACUUUUUGUACAGUUGCAGAAUGUAAUAAAUGUUUUCGUUAGUCUGUA